CGUGUCUUCCCCGGAAAUCAACAUCUUCGUUUCGUUCCACUUAUCAGGGGCUGGAAAGCAUCAAAAAUGUCCUACUACUUCACCAUCCUCUCGCCCACCGACGUCCCCCUCUUCAACAUCGCCUUCGGCACCUCCAAAUCCGGCGGCGAUGGCAUCGCCCGCUUCCGCUUCCCGGACACAGCCCAGUACAUGAACCAGUUCAUCAUCCACUCGAGUCUGGAUAUGGUCGAGGAGGCGCAGUGGAUGAAUGGGAAUAUGUACCUCAAACACAUCGACACCUACCCGCCCGCCUCGGCCUACAUCUCCGCCUUCCUCGCCCCGUCCGGCGCCCGGUUCCUGCUGCUGCACCAGCCGCCCCAGCUGCCCAACGCGUCGGGUCCGAAUGCGACGGGCGGCAGCGGCAGCGGCGGCGGGAUAGGCGGGUCGUCGAUCCUGGGCGGCUCGUUCUCGGCGGGCUCGUCGUCGCGCGCCUCGGCCAGCUCCAUCGCCGCCAACCCGACCAGUCCCCAGACGGAGGAGGCCGUGCGCCAGUUCAUGACCGAGGUGUAUGAGAAUUACGUGAAGACGGUCAUGAAUCCGUUCUAUCGGCAGGGGAUGGAGAUUCGGAGUGCCGUGUUUCGGUCCAGGGUUACGGCGGCGGGGAGGAAGUGGUUGUGAUUUUCGGAGGGGGUUUUUU